CGACCCUUUAUUCUUUACGCUUUCUCGACGAGCUUGGGCCACACCACCCGCACAGCAACCAGCCUCAGACCAGGCCCCAUCCGCCUUUUCUUCAUAUAAGUUAUUAUAUAUGAUAUUACACAUGCCUCAACUCUCGCUCUGCACUUCAAUCGCGCAACUUCCGCGCUCCGCCCUCUACGGCGACGCGUCCUCCCCGGCGCCCUCGCCACUCCAGCCGGAACCCCCUGCGCAAAUCACCGAGAACGUCUUCCUCGGCGACCUAUCUGCAGCCGAGUCCCCAGAGAUCCUCACCGCUCUAGGCAUCACGCACGUCCUUAGCGUCAUGUCCGGGCACGUCGCGCUUCCCUCCCACUCUGAGCUCCCCCACCUCCCCCCAUACCAGCCCCUCCAACGGAUGCAGGUCCAGGUACAAGACCACCCGUUCGUUGAGCUCGCCUCACACCUUCCCCGGACCACCGCAUGGAUAGCAAACGCCCUCCGGGACCCGCACGCGCGUGUGCUGGUCCACUGUGUGCAAGGCAUCAGCCGGAGCGCAACCGUGGCCGCCGCCUACCUCAUGGCGACCAGGGGCCUCUCGCCCGUCGCAGCGGUGGCUCGGGUGAAGGAGCUCCGACAAUGCGCGAAUCCGAAUGAGGGUUUCAGGGGGCAGCUGCUCGAGUACGAGCAGUGUCUGCUGAAGAACCGCGCGCGCGAGCACUACUCACAUGCACAUUCGUACAGGCAGGUGCGAGGCGAGCUGCGGUAGGCGAUGCUUCGCAUUGGCCGGAUGAAAGCCUCCUCCAAGUCGUGCGUCCGACUGCAGCCACAGUCGUUUGCAUGGAUGCAGGCCCGAUGUCGUAACGGCGACAUACGGCCUGCUUCUUUUGAGGUCAGCUAGCUGUGUUGCCAUUGCUUUCUAUGCCGACAUAACUAUUGCUAUUGUUCGGUGUAAUAUGCCCUUCUUAUGCUCGUUCUAUCCGUUAGUUCGGCCUUCACUAUUUCUACGUUCUCUACUGUCAUUUCUCAGCUCCAUAUUAUCAAUUGUCGGACUCACACCGUCGUCCUCGCUCUACGCGCUACACUACAUGAUAUGUCGCCAUUAUCCAAGCCUUUGGAAUGAAAAGCACCAUAAU